UGGGCGGUUCAAAGAAUGGGGCGUGGUUAUAGUGCAAUGACGCUUUUAGAGUGAGACACCCGGCGGACCAGCUAUGGCUUCUAUACCGCGGUCGGUGGAGGGUGAUCAUAAAGGAUCAGAAGACAGUCCUGUGGUGGAUGAUUUGACUUCAUCUCACCAUAGCUCCACUGACGAAACAGGUACAGUGAAGGGGGCUGUGGAAACGGUUUGGAUGGGAGGUCUAAUGUCACAACAGGUUGACUGUACAAAGGAUGGGGAACAGCAAACGGUUGAUACUGCAGGAGAAGGGAGGGAAUUUGACAGUUUAACUGGAAGAAACAAUCAGAGAGAGCUGAAUGAAACAGGCAGUUUGAAGACUGCUUAUGUAGGUGCGCCAAACAGGGGUCUGCCAGGUCAUGCAACUAAGACCAUGGCAUUCACUCCCCCUGCUAAAACCAGUAUUGGCAGUGCUCCAGGCCGUGCAAAAAUGUCUUUGACAGGAACUGGAAAGUCACCCCCUUCAGUGCAGAGCCUGGCAAUGCGCUUGUUUACCUUUCCAGGGUCAGGUGGGCCUGGAAGAAGUUCUCCAGAAGUUGCUGAAGCUCCUGUAGCUCCAAAAGUACACCGAGCUAGGAAGACUAUGCAUAGACAAUCUGGAGGACAGGCCCGACGACUGGAAUCUUCCUUCGUAAUGACAGACAACUCUUCGUCACCUACUAAUGACCUUCUAGAAGCGGAUAACUCUGUGGCUGUUAAAAGACAAAGACUGGAUGUUUCUUCAGAUACUCUACAAGUGAUAGACCAAGAACCUAUAGCAGAAACGGUUGAGUAUACUGUUGAAGGAAGCCCAGACCCUUCUUUAAUGCAGGAAUCAGGGCUUUCUCCAAGGGAGGAAGAAGAUGCAGAAAAUAAUUCACCCAAUGUGGGGGAUCCUGAUCCAACAAUAACUGGUAUGGAAACACUUGGGGCAGAGCCUGCUGAAAAUGAUCCUGAUGAAGAGCAAACUGAUCAUUUUGAGGACUGGGAAACCGAAGUUGGAGAAGAGUUUCGUCUGUUCUACGACUAUUCAAUGGAUGAGCGAGCUGAUUCAGACAGCAAGUCAACAGAAGAUGGUGCAGCAGAAGACAGGCUUACAGAAGGAGAUGAAGAUGAAGAGUCAGAGAACCAUUCUGAUAGAAGCUCAGGUUCAGGUGUAAGAAAGAAGGCAAAGAAAAAAUGGAAAAAUGAGAACCCCUGGAUUAAACCAACUCGUAAACGAAAGAAGAAAGGAAACCGUGUAGUCACAGGUGCCAAUGGACCAAGUCCAGUCACCAGUGAGUACACAGAGGUGCCAUUAGAGUCACUGGAGCUUCACCCUGGAGAACACCUAUCGCCCCAGCAUCCAGGCGUGUCCAAUGAUGCCAGUUCAAUGGAAACAGACAAACUGGAGGAACUGCCUCUUUGCAGCUGCCGAAUGGAAGCUCCUAAGAUUGACCGUAUCAGUGAAAUGGCCAAGAACAAAUGCAUGGCAACAGAAAGCAUUGAUGGUGAGCUGAGUGGUUGCAAUAACACUAUUGUGAAAAGAGAAACAAUGCGUCCUUCUAGCCGAGUUGCCCUGAUGGUUCUCUGUGAGCAACACCGGGCAAGAAUGGUCAAACAUCAUUGUUGUCCAGGCUGUGGCUACUUCUGUACUUCUGGAACUUUCUUAGAGUGUCAUCCAGACUACCGCAUUACCCAUCGGUUUCACCGCACCUGUGUGUCCCAACUUGGUGGGCUCCUUUUCUGCCCACACUGUGGAGAAGAUGCCUCCGAGGCUCAAGAAAUCACCGUGGCAAAAGCCGAUACCUCUAGUGCUACAGCAAUCAGUGCUCCACCUCCUUCCAGGGCAGAAGGGGAUGGACGACCAGACUCCACACAAACCAGUGCUAGGAUGCGAGGUUGUGGUGAACUUCGGAAAGGUCCUGCUCUGGUUACUCCUGACAGUAUUGAUAGCUCAGGUCCCAGUGUCGCACUCCCUUCAACUCUAGUAUUAUCAGCCAGUGGACUGCCCCCAGGACCUAGCAGGAUAGCUCUGGAGAGAGCACUGGUCACUCAGGAAGCAGAAAGGAGGAAGAAACUACGUUUUCAUCCAAGACAGCUUUACCCAGCUGCCAAACAGGGAGAACUACAGAAAGUUUUGCUGAUGCUGAUUGAUGGCAUUGAUCCAGGUUAUCAGACUGAUCAGCAUAGUAGAAGGACGUCUCUACAUGCUGCAGCACAACGUGGCUACUUAGCAGUUUGUCAUAUUUUGGUGCAGGCAGGUGCAAAUAUUGAUGCUAAAGACAAGUCUCUGAAAACUCCUCUUUUGGAAGCUAUUGCCAACAACCACCUGGAGGUUGUGCAGUAUCUGGUACAACAUGGAGCAUGUGUCUACAAUGCUGAAGAAGAUGGCUCGACUGGUCUUCAUCAUGCUGCUAAACUUGGAAAUCUGCAAAUGGUUAACCUGCUACUAGCCACUGGCCAAGUGGAAGUGAAUGCUCAGGCAUGAACUUUUUCAUAUGAAAAAUUAAUGCAGAAAUUUUUCAUUUUAUAUUGACAGGACAAUGGUGGUUGGACUCCUAUAAUCUGGGCUGCUGAGCACAAACAUAUUGAUGUAAUACGUGCUCUUUUGGCCAGGGGAGCUGAUGUCACCCUUCAAGACAAGGAAAGGAACAUUUGUCUUCACUGGGCUUCAUUUGCUGGCAGUGCAGACAUCGCUGAGCUCCUCCUUAAUGCACAGUGUGAUGUACACUCAGUCAAUCUUCAUGGAGACACUCCACUCCAUAUUGCUGCUCGUGAAAGUUACCUUGAAUGCGUUGUUUUGUUCCUAUCACGAGGAGCUAGCAUCAAUGUUAAAAACCAAGAAGGUGAUACACCUCUGGACCUUACAUUGGCCAACACACCUGUGUGGUUCGCAUUGCAGUUAAACAAACGACUUCAUCAGGGUAUAGCCAAUCGGUCUGUACGGACAGAGCGGAUUAUCUGUAGAGAUGUGGCACAGGGCUAUGAGAACGUCCCUAUACCCUGUGUGAAUGGAGUGGAUGAAGAACCCUGUCCCACAGACUACAAGUACAUCUCUGAAAACUGUGAGACGUCAGCAAUGAACAUUGAUCGAAAUAUAACUCACUUGCAGCACUGCAAUUGUGUGGAUGACUGCUCUUCAAGCAACUGCCUCUGUGGUCAGCUUAGUAUUCGCUGUUGGUAUGACAAGGACCGACGCUUACUGCAAGAAUUCAACAAAAUUGAACCUCCCCUGAUAUUUGAGUGUAAUCAAGCCUGCUCCUGUUGGCGAACUUGUAAAAACAGAGUGGUGCAAGCUGGAAUCAAGGUUCGACUACAACUCUAUCGUACUGCCAAGAUGGGCUGGGGUGUACGAGCACUUCAGGACAUACCUCAGGGGACUUUCAUCUGCGAAUAUGUUGGGGAGCUGAUUUCUGAUGCAGAAGCAGAUGUCAGAGAAGAUGACUCUUAUCUUUUUGAUCUUGAUAACAAGGAUGGAGAGGUGUACUGUAUUGAUGCUCGUUAUUAUGGAAAUAUAAGCCGCUUUAUCAACCACCUUUGUGAUCCUAAUAUCAUCCCAGUCCGUGUAUUUAUGCUGCACCAAGACCUACGGUUUCCACGCAUUGCAUUCUUCAGUAGUCGUGACAUCCAAGCAGGACAGGAGCUCGGCUUUGACUAUGGAGAUCGUUUUUGGGACAUUAAAAGCAAGUACUUCACCUGUCAGUGUGGAUCAGAAAAAUGCAAACACUCUGCGGAAGCCAUUGCCCAGGAACAGAGCAGACUGGCCCGUCUGGAUGCCUUCCAAGAAACUGUGCCUGAUUCUGGGGUUCCUGCCCUGGGAACUUCUUGAGGCUUCAGGCUUUGGUCUACCACGUAGGCCUCGCUUGAGGAGUUUUUUUUUCCCACCCACAUCUUGCUGUAUCUCAUGGCAUUUUAGAUUUUUUUUCCAAAAGUACUUUGUUUAAUUUUUACACUGUGAUUGUCAAUGUUUUUAUUGUUGUUGUAAGAAAUAGCCUGCCAUCAAAUCAUUAAACUAAGAAAAAGUU